CGCUGCGCAAGUAACAUCGUCUGCCAACGAUACGCUCCGUUUUAUAUUUUAAAAUACGUAGCGAAAUUACGCGAACUUGUAUUUUUGCGCCAAGCGAUCGACGCGUCAUUGUACAUUAAAAGCAACAAGUGUCCGCGCGCGAAUAAUUAGUAGCUGAAACGUAAUUCGUCGAAAUCUAAGAUUAGCGGUGCUUCUCGUUCCAUGGAAAAAUGAAUGAGAGACAACAAUCGCCGUUGUCGCCGUUGAUGAUCAUCGAGCCGGUCGAGUCUUUGCACGGCAGCAAGCUGAUAAGCGAUACUGUGUCGAACAAACCGACCCAGCAUAGAAGGCCCUGUCAAACGCAAGAAGUCAUUGAGAUCAGCGACGAAGAUGACGACGACGACGAAGUGCAAUUUGUGGAAAUGCCACAGGACGUGGUCGAAAUAUCGAGCGACGAGGAGAUGUCGUUACAGGAUUAUAAUGACAAUAGAUCCCAACGAACUCUUGAGACUGUCAUAAGCCAAAACAUGACAAAUAAAAGCCAAGACCCGAUCGAAGAUUCGCUCUUCUGCUCUUUGGUAAUAAGCGAGGUCACGAGUUUGAGCAAGGAAGAUUUCGAGACAGCGGGAGAUAUUCCUAUUGCAAAGAUGCAAUACAACACCUUCCCAGAAGUGCAUCAAUCGCAGGAUCGCAACAAACAGCGCAUUAUUGUCGAUGAUCCUGAGGCAAUGUCACUACCCUCGCCGGAUACCAAGCAAAGAAGAAUAGAAUUGUUGGCCUCUGCUUGUAACAUGUUGCUAUUGAAAAGUGCGGAUACCAAUGAACAUCGGCGAACAAUUUCCACAAACUCUUCAAAAAAUUUCGACAGUGGCAAUCCGCCGUCUCCCACGGACAGCGAGAUGACCACGGAGGUAACGAUGGUGUGCGGCGACAACAAAAAUCAGCAAAAUUAUCGAAAAAAAGAAAUAAAGAGAGAAGAUAUACGUAAAAGUGUUUUCGUAGGUGUUGGAGAUGACGAUUAUAUCGAUAGCGAUACGAACUUUACGCAUUUCAACGAGCUCGCGUGUGACCUUAAGUCAGACGAUAACGAAGAGUCAGAGAACAAAAUAGACGCUCGCAAAGAUCAAAUGAGCCUUCAAAGCAACGAUAGUAACAAAAACCCCGUUGAAAAUUCAAAUGACGAAAUUAUUCUCUCGAAUAAUGACGAGAGCAGCCUUUGUAAUAGUCGUGGAUCGUUUAAGGCGCCCAAACGCAUCUAUAUCGAAGGUAAAGAGUAUUUAGUUUUAGACGAUUGGCUAGAUCGGUCUUAUACUGACAAUACAGUCGAUAAUACUAGUAAUGAAUUUUUUGAAAAAAUCGUAGAAACAUCGAUGAUCGUCAGCGGCGACACCGAUCCCCAUUGGUCCUCCAAUGGCGAACCUUGGGAUACAGGUGAACAAAUUUUUAUAAAUCAAUCAAGUAAAAACGAUGUAUCGACCAUAGCGCACGACGCAGCUAAUUCGUCGUCGUUUUCUGUAGCUUCUACACAACAUCUCGUCGUUACUGAAAUUGACGAACAGCAUCAACGCAGCGUCAGAGACGAUGAAAACAUGCAUGAAUCUAAUGACUUGACUUUGGCAGGCAAUGCAAACAUCGACUCUUCAACGGUGCAUACAAGAACAGCCAGUCAAGUCAGCGAUGACAUAUUAGUAAGAAACAAUGAGUCGUGCAAAAUUCGAUGUGAUCUUAAUGUCAGUGGUUACUGCACCAAGUUCGAGCAAGCUGUGAAGAGGCCGCCUGAGAUUUUGCGAAGAGACGCGACGACAUUCAUCGUCGCUGAGCAAAAGAUCGAUAGGAAAAAAUUAUCCGUCCACAAUGAACGGACAAGAUACAUGUGUCGUAAGAAUCGACACGAUGAACGAAAAAACGUCUCGUCACACAUUAAAUCCAAUACAGUAAUAACUCGUAGACAUGCCAACGGAAAUCCAAAAUCCAAAAUUGUUGAACUUUUUCUUUUGCUCAAGAAAAGUAAUAAGCGUUCAACGAUAAAUUUGCGGGCUCAAUUUUUUUUAGACAUGAAUCUCGUUAAGCUGAUGAGGCAAUUCAAUCAGUUUUAUCAAUUUGCUCGAAAUUUUUACAACUACAAUUUAUUACAAAUUCACAAGGGCUCUCUUGAAAUAAAUGGACAGUUGAAAAAAAUUGUACUUGACAAGGCAUUAAGAUAUGACAACGAGAAUAAUGGAAAGAAAAUCAUUUCACAAAAAAUGAUGAUCAUGAAUCUGCCAGAUGAGAACCAGAAUUCUUUUUGUAAAUCAUACCACAACCAACCAUUUCAUAUAUUCGAAAAUGGUAAAAGAAAAUAUAAAUCAGAUGAUAAUAGGUCUGUUUCUUCUAUUGGAGAUGAUGAACCACGCGAUUCUGAAUAUUCUGAUACAGAAUAUUCUGCCAAUGAAUGUCCAAGUGUGUCGAAAGUUAUACCUAAAAUUCCAAUCUCUCAUAUUCCAUGCAAACCUAUCAACAAAGAACCAUCAGAAAAUAUUGUAAAAAAAAAAAGAAAUCGACAGACUCAUAGUGAAAUGAAAUUAACUCUUAAAAGAGAUGGAUUUAAUCAUGGAAAUUGGAUAGCUUUACCAAAGGGAAAUUAUGUCAAUCAUGACAUAAUAUUAAAUAAAAAUGAAAAUUUUUCAAAACCACAAGAAAAAGUGUUGCAAACAAAUAUCAAAAUUACUCAAAAAAUUAUUCCUGAACUGGACUCAAAUUCAUAUGCACCACCAAUUGAAAGAAAUAGUUAUAACAUCACUCUCAAUUUAUCCUCUCACACAAAUUUUAGUUUAAAAUCUGAUAAUCAAAGAAAUGAUAACAUACAAGCAGAAAAAAAUUCUAAAAAGUUUCAUCAAUCUUCUAAAUGUCAGAAAGAACACAUUUUAAAGGAUUUCACUGAAAAAUCAAAUAACAAUAAAGAAAAUGAAUACUUGAGUAGAGAUCAAAGUAUAAAUAAACAAGAAGAAAAGUUCAGUUCAGAUCAUAAUAUAAAUAAACAAGAGGAACCAGAUAAUGAACCAAAAAACACUACACUUAUUCAACUAGAGUCAAAAGAAUACUCAAAUUUCAAACUAGUAGCUAAAAAUGAAAUGAUUAAAAAUUCAGAUGCUCAUAAAGCCACAUUAAAUAUUCAAAUUCAAAAUCCAGUAUACUCUGAAAUCCAAAAAAAAUGUUUUAGUGAUGUAGCACCACCUAUUAUGGUUCCUGAUAAACCAAUAGAAGAUACAGCAAAAGUAGAUAGUUACAAUUUUAAUGUAGUCGAAUCACAUCCUGCCGAUGAUUCGGAUGAUGAAAAUCGACUUACAAUAGAUAUGGAUAAUUUUGAAAAUGAUUCUGCAUGUAUUAAGCAUCAUAAUGAUGAUGAUGGCCCUGUAUCAGAGAAUAAUAGUUUUAUAAAUAAAAAAAAUGACAUUGAGAAUGAUGUGGCAAAUUCUGCACCUUCACAUUAUAACAAAAACAACCAGAGUUGUACAUCAUUAGGUUAUUUAAAGGAAUCUUCAAAAAUAGGUACUAAUUCAGAAACAAGAAAUCAAAUAAAUAAGCAAGAAGAUUCUUUGGAUAAUGAUGCACACUUGACAGUAGACAAAACUGGCAAAAAAAUGAUUAAUAGAAAUGAUCAAACAAUUGAAGUGGAAACUAGAAUUAUGAAUCAAAAUGAAAAUGAGAAUUUUAAUAAAAAAUCAGUAUUUUUUGAUCUAGAUUAUUUUGGGGAUGGAAUUUUUGAAUGUCUACCUGAAUAUCAUAGUUAUGGUAUAGAAACUCGUCAAAAACUUAUCUCAGAAUACAAUAAGUUCUAUCAUGGUACAUCUUUUUAUGAAGAGAGAAAAAAAUCAAAACUAAUAAAAAUAAAUAAUAAAAAAGCUAUUCGGCAAAAAAGAAAAAAAAUAAAAACAAACAAUGAUGAUGAAGUAGUUGAACCACCUUGCAAAAAUUUGAAAUUGGAUCAGCCUGACAUUAAUUUAGAUCAAUCCAAAAGUAUUCAAAGUGUAACAGAGCAUAUUAAUAUGGAAGGUAUGGUACCAAAUGAAAAAACUAAUUAUGUGUCUGAAAGUGAGACUCCAUUAGAAGAAUUGGAAGGGGGUGAUUUUGAUUUUAAUUAUUCUCAAAUAGUUCAGAAUAAAGAAUUUUCUGACAAAAAUUUAAGUGAUGAUUACUGUAUGUCGGAUGAAGAAACUAGUGAUAAUUUAAGUGAUCAAUCAAACUUGAUCUCUGUUGAAACAGUUAAUCAUGAUAACGAGAAUUUUGUCAAUCGAAAUAAUCUUCUGGAGAAAAACUUAUGUAAAGACACAUCAAAUGGCUCAGCAAUUUUGAGUUCUGUAAACAAGAAAAUCGAAAAAUUGAAUGAUAACAGUUUGAAUAACAGUUUCAAGAUGAAGGAUGUGCCACCAAAAAAAAAUUCAGUUAAUGGCCAAGAAAAUCAAUUAACAAGGUCCAUAAUUAUGCAAGAAGAAAUCAUAAAGUUUAACAGCAAAAAUACAGGCGUGAAGAUUUCUAUUGAUAAAGACAGAAAUGCUGAAACAUUUUUUGAAAAAAGCAUUGUACCUAAUACAAAUGCAUUUCUGAAUAGUGCCAUUAAUCAUGCUUCCAACAAAACUAAUCUUGUGAGUAGUGAAACAACUGUUAAUGAUAAUCUUUCUGAAGAAGCAAGGGACAUUUUUUCAAGUUCUUCAACACAGACGUCCAUACAGAAAAAUAUUCAAGUGUCAAAUUCCGAAAAAAUUUUAGAAAAUACCAUUAAAUCUAACUCAAUGGCAUUCUCAGAUGGUUCAAAUAUUCGUACUUUCACAAGAAGUGAUCAUCAAAAAAGUGAACAAAUUAUUAGAGAAAGUAAUCAUGGAAUCAUUGAAAAUAUAGUACAUUCAGAUAGUCUAAAAAAAGAUUACUGUGAUCUGAACGUUUUAAGUCGUUAUAACUUGGUUUUGGAAACAUUACCGCCUUCAAAUGAAUCCAUGAUGUACAAUGAAGAAUAUUAUACAUAUCAUUUCAUGCUUGACUCUCUCAUGGCCCCUCGUAAUUUCAUUGUUCAAUCAAAUCCAAUUUCCGUUGUUUCAUUAACACCAUCUUUAUCAACAAGAUUUGCAUAUCAACCACCACUGUUAUACUACAUUUCAUCAAAUCAGUCAGUAUCAAAUGGACCAGUGACAAAUUCAUCAACAAAUUCGUCACCAGCCCUAUCAACAACAUCGACAAUGACAAACGAGUCAAGAAUUCUACCAAGAGUGUCACCUAUGUCAAACAAUGUAUUAAGAAAAUCAACCACAUUAACUACUUCUGCAAGCACAUCAUCAACAGUUCUAUCAACGUUAUUAAAUGAACAUCCAUCAACCUCCCCCAUGUAUAAACAAAAUUUACUUCAAGUUUCAACAGAACCUGGUGUAGAAUCCAUUAUAAUCAGAGCUUCUGACAUCUGUAAAAUGAAUAAAGGAAAAUCAAUCUCUGAAAGUAAACAGUUUAGAAAUCAAAAUUUUUCUAAAGAAUUAGAAACAAUAACAAGUAAUCAGUCAGGGACUUAUUAUUUAUGUACAAAAGAAUUGGGAUAGUGAAAGCUCUAAAUUUGAAUCAUAUCAAGAACUAGGUCCAAAUUCCUUUCAAUUUCUAAAAUAUCUUAUUAUAAUAAAUAGGUAUCUACUCUACAUGCAAGAUAUUUUAAGAAUCGAUUUCAAGAGUACAGUAUGUACUGUUGAUAAAAUUUUAAAUAAUGAGUCAAGUCCCCCUACAUUUAAUUGUGUUAUUGAGCUGUAUAACAAAUUAGUUAAACAACAUAUUAUACGCUAUGAUGCAGACCAACCUGUACAUACACCGGAUAAAAAAACUAUAGUCGAUAUAAUUGUUAAGCAAGUACUCCAAUAUGAAGAAAUUGUAAAAAAAAACAAUGAAUUGGUUGAAAAACGUAAAAAAAAAAGUAAAUGCUUACCUAAAACGCAAGCUCAGGGAUCUUAAAAUAUGAUUAAUGUAUCAUAUGAGCUUGUGCUAUUGACGAGUAAUUUUUAGCAAUUUAUUCAAAGUGGGUAAUUCAUUACUUUGGAUGUAUUACAUAUGUUUAACGUUAGUUAUCUUUUACUUUUAAAAGUUCUAGUCUCCAAAAUGAGAUAUCAAAAGAUGUCUUGUAUUUAAUAAUAAGAAGUUAGAAAUAAAAUAUUUUCAAUAAUUGACAAUGCUUAAAAAUCUCUUAAUUUAAAAAAUUAAGUACAUUACUAAUAAAAAAAUGUCACAUAUAAAAAAUUAGUCAUGAUUCUUAAGUGAUUAUUUUGUUGAUUACAAAAAAUAUUUGUAUACUCUCUCAGAUUAAUAACUGUAAAUAAUCUAUUUUCAAAUGAUUGUUGAAAACAUCAUUGCGUACAAUAAAGGUAUUCAAAAAUUAUGUUUAAUUUAAGAGAACAAUUAAUUUAAUUUUGAAUACUUAGUUAAAUACUGUAAAAUAGUUUUAUAAUUUUAUGUAUUGAAGAUAUGUUAUAUAUCGAGUGAAGUAUUUUUUUAUUUUGAAAUAUAUUUUUUUCAUCAAAGACCGA